CUUCUUGAGCCGCCCUCGGAGAUGUGAAUUGGCGCUUGACCACAAAUCUGGAUGGAGAGACUUUCAUCGGUCACCUCCACGGGGAGGUCUGUGCUGAGCCAUUGGGGCUUUGCUCGGGCUCAUUCAAAGUUGCUUCAUCGAAAGCUUUCCAUUGGAGGUGGGGCCAGAAGUGGUGCAGCACAAAGUUCUGCAGGAGGACUGUCAAUCUUGGCCUUUGUUGGGGUGCUGCCCAGCCUGAGCAAGAAGCGAGAGCGAGGGCGAAGGAAACUGGGAAGAUGUUCCGGAGGUGGCCUUUCAACCACAUGGGUCAGCGGUAUCCGAGAUAUUGCAGAUCAAUAUGACGCCUUCAUUUUGGAUUUGUGGGGCGUGGUUCACAAUGGGGCAGUGGCAUUUCCUUGGGCAAAAGAGACCCUGAUGGAGCUCAAACGGCUGAGGAAGCUGGUCCUCUUUCUCUCCAACUCCUCCCGUCGCCGCGAAACCAACAGCGCCGCCUUGGAGAAGCUGGGUGUUGGCCCCGACCUUUACGUUGACCUCAUCACCAGUGGAGAGGUCAGCUGGAGGAUUUUGGCAGGUGCAUGCGACGUCAUGGACCACAUCACCACGAUCAAGGAGGCAAAGAACAUCCUUACCUUUGGAAAUGGCAGUGAUGAUGUUGAGUACAUGCGAGCGCUGAAGGAGAAGAACGUUGCAGCUGAUGCGGCGGAGGCGGACUUACUGCUGGCGCGAGGCUGCUUCAGUCUUUAUGGUCCAGAGGUUAAGCAGGCAAGUUGGGAGGAUUUUGACGCUCAACUUCGCCUGGCCGCAGCUGGACGUGUGCCGAUGCUGGUUGCGAACCCCGAUGUGGUACGGCCUGAUGGAAACGACAGCCCCAUGCCUGGAAGGCUGGCGCAGCGCUACCGAGAAUUGGGUGGGCCUGAUCCAACCUUCGUGGGAAAGCCAUACGCAGAGGUCUUCCAAUUAGCACUUGAACAGUUGCAGGAGGCCGGCGUGCCUGCCACAGCUCGAGUUUGUAUGGUGGGGGAUAGCGUUCGUCAUGACGUGCGCGGUGCUUGUGCUGCUGGCCUUGAUGUUGUGCUCCUGUGCAGUGGUGUGCACAGUGAAGCACUUGGUCUCGAGCAAGCCCCAGCUCCGCCACGUCGGCCAUCAGAAGAGAGUUUGCGGGGGUUCUUGGGUGCUUUGCCCCCGGAGGAGACCCCAACCUACGUGACCGCGGCACUGGCCUGGGGCGAGGUGGAGGAUGGGCGGGUUUCAGAGGAGAGUGAGGUAGCGGUUUGUGGCUUAGCCUGUGUGGUGUGUGCCCCAAGACUGAGUGAAAGCUUGUUGAAGGGUUCGGGCUGUUUAAGCCACUAUAGCUGACUUGCUGCACCAAUGCAUCAGGGAACAUCACAGGUC